ACACUGAAGAUUCUUCCAAACAGACACAGAUGAAAUUAAAAGUAUAGGAUCAAGAAACAAAUCAAAGCAAUUGACAGGUGAAUAAACAAAAUGUAGGAUUGACUGGCGGCUCUGAAAAGCCAUCUUGGCAUUGUUCCUGGGUCCGGCUUCCCCCUGGUGGCAACCACCUCCGCCGCGCUCCUCCUCCGCCGCUGCGGACUCCGGCAGCUUUAUCGCCAGGGUCCCCGAACUCUCGCUUUCUUUUCCAUCCCCCGCAUCGGAUCACCGACGUGCCCCACCAUGUCAGACACAGCGGUGGACACCAGCUCCGAGAUCACUACCAAGGACUUAAAGGAGAAGAAGGAAGGUGUGCACGAGGCAGAGAAUGGAAGAGACGCCCCUGCUAAUGGGAACGCUAAUGAGGAAAAUGGGGAGCAGGAGGCUGACAAUAAGGUAGAUGAAGAAGAGGAAGAAGGUGAUGGUGAAGAAGAGGAUGGAGAUGAAGAGGAGGACGCUGAGGCCACCACGGGCGAAAGGGCAGCUGAAGAUGAUGAGGAGGAUGUUGAUACCAAGAAGCAGAAGACUGAGGAGGAUGACGAGACAGCAAAAAAGGAAAAGUUAAACUUAAAAAAAAAAAAGGCCAGGAUUUUGGCAGCGUUUGCAAUGAAUGCUACAGGCCAACGCGAGACCUACGCGACUGCUGGAAAAUGA